AUGAGACGUUGCGCCGUGAUCCUCGUUUGCCUGCUACAUUCCGUCAUCUCGGUCAAAGUUAAAGUUGUCCUACAUUCGGAACAAGAAGACUCGAGAGUGGAGGAAGAGGAAUCUCAUACGGAGUCAUGGGACCAUAAAAAGAGAGAUGUUACUCUUCUACCAUUUCUAAGGCACUCCCGUCGUACCGAAGAAAAACAAGUAGAGUAUGAAGAAGAGAAAGUAACGACGGAAAAAACUACGAGACAGUUGCACCCAAAUGAAAUGAUCUUCCCGUUGAUAUAUCGCCAGGCUCAUAUAAAUAGCAUGUUUAAAUUCGGAGAAAACUGGUACACUUGGUCGACGGAAAAGAGAAAAGAUGGUUCGAAAGCGACUAACUAUUACAUUUGCUACGACGAACCAAAACACUGUGAUGAUGUCGGAUGGGAACGCACGGACGGUGUUCCCAAAUGCGCCUUCCAGAUCGAUUCGUUGUUGCCGGAGGAUCGUGCUUGCAUAAACAGUUUCGGAAUAGAGCCCCAUGGAGCUGGUGUUUGUGAUGGCGGAGAGCAAAUGAAGGUGAGCGAAAUGGUACGAGCUUGCGGCCCCCGGAUCCGCUCGUUGUGGCGGUUCUACCGGGUCGGCCGUCGCCCAGCCAACGCCGCGAAGCCAGCCGACGUCAAUUCCCUCAUAUGCGAGGACGAGGAGGAGUGCUACAUAACCAUCGAAUACCGGAUACACCACGACAGGAUCACUUUCUCGCUGCACGAGCCGACGCGGGGCCAGACGUUCAAGAGCGCGCUGAAACGCGAAAUAAGCGGCGACGACGAGGGCAAGCCGGCGCCGGUGACGGAGGCGCGCGCCCACACGGCCCACAGGUCCAAGAAGCUGAAGGUCAGGGAAGAGGAGGCCAGGCCCAAGGCGGGCAAGUUCCGCGCCCGGCCCAAAGCCAAGGCGGCGGAGGGCAAGGGCGCCGUCAAGGAGCGCAACGACUCCGGCUACGCGAGUCGCCGGUCGGUGAAAAACAAGAUCAAGAUCAGGGAGGACAUAUCCGAGGAUGUGUCCGAA